GUUAGCAACACUAGCAUAGCUAGCUCGUAAUUUCGACUUUUUAGCUCAUAAUUACGACUUCUUAUUUCAUAAUUAUGACUUUCUUGGUUCAUAUUUGAGACUUUAUAUCAUAAUUAAGACUUGUAGUUUCUUACAGUGGCGGAAACAGGUUUUUAUUUAUGCCUUUUUCUUUUUAAUGUCUUAUUGCCAAUCAUGACGGAAGCGAAGACGAUCACUGACGCACGCACGAGCAGUCCGUCGUGUGCGCCCCCACCCACUCCAUCCAGCCUUUCGCUAAACCAGCUCGACGUGCGCGCUCCCGCGAGCAAGCUGACCUGUUGGAGAUGUUGCGAGGAGCCUACAAGACCUGAACCGGGUCCCACACUGACGGGGAAUUUCGUCAAGAGGGGGGAAAAAAGAAGGUUGGAUACUUUCUUAUAUAACCACUUCUUCUUGGAAGCAGGACGUUCCUCGGCGAGGGCAGGAGCUGCCAUGCCGUUUGGUUGUCUGACGCUCGGGGAGAAGAAGGAUUACAACAAUCCCUCGGAAGUCAGCGACAAAUAUGACCUGGGACAGGCUGUGAAAUCGGAGGAGUUUUGUGAGAUAUUCCGGGCCAAGGACAGGAGCACCAUGAAAAUGUACACCUGCAAAAAGUUCAACAAAAAGGACGGCCGGAACGUGAGGAAAGCCGCUAAGAAUGAAAUCAUGAUCCUGAAGAUGAUAAAACAUCACAACAUCCUGCAGCUGAUUGAUGCUUUUGAAACGAAGAAAGAGUACUUUAUCUUCCUGGAGCUAGCCACAGGCAGAGAGGUCUUUGACUGGAUCCUGGAUCAGGGCUACUACUCGGAGAGGGACACCAGCAAGGUCAUGAGACAGGUUCUGGAGGCCGUGGCGUACCUGCACUCUCUGAAUAUCGUCCACAGGAAUCUAAAGCUGGAAAACCUUGUCUACUUUAAUCGCUUGAAACACUCCAAAAUUGUUAUCAGCGACUUCCAGCUGGCCAAACUGGAAAACAGACUCAUUAAGGACCCGUGCGGGACUCCAGAGUACCUUGCUCCCGAGGUUGUUGCUAGGCAGAGAUAUGGGAGACCUGUGGACUGCUGGGCCAUAGGAGUCAUCAUGUACAUACUUUUGUCCGGGAACCCUCCGUUCUACGAUGACACCGAGGAAGAUGACCCCGACAGCCGGGACAAGAACCUCUUCCUAAAGAUCUUGUCGGGGGACUAUGAAUUUGACUCGCCGUACUGGGAUGACAUUUCAGAUUCUGCCAAGAACCUGGUGGCAUCUUUGAUGGAGGUGGACCAAGACCAGCGACUGACCGCUCAGGAGGCCAUCGCCCACGAAUGGAUUUCUGGGAACGCCGCCUCGGAUAAGAACAUCAAAGAUGGAGUUUGUGCACAAAUAGAGAAGAACUUUGCCAAAGCAAAGUGGAAGAAAGCCGUCAGAGUGACCACCCUCAUGAAGAGGCUUCGGGCAUCCGAGCAGGGGGAUUCUGGAGCCGCCGAUCCUGCGGCCGGUGGCGCUGCCGCCGCCACCACUGCGGCCAGCAGCGGCGGUGGCCUCGCUGCCACCUUAAAGGCAGCUCUUAGCGCAAACGCUCCCGACACACAGACUGACGCCACGUCUCCGCCCGCUCAGCCGAGUGCAGCCAGACGGGAUGAGAAGGUGGACCAAGGUUGCAACGGCGACGCCCUCUAGAGGCGAAGGAGGAGACGGUUAGAGAUUCAACUCACAAGCACAUGAGCAGUACAGUCAUGAUGGUUUGCAUUAUCAUGCCGUGUUUAGCGUGUCUCAGCGUCUGACAUCCUUCCUGAUUGGUCGGUAGUACUCCCCACCCUAUUUUGUGUGCAAGCCCCUUUAAAACCAGCUAAGACUAGCUAGCUCCAUUCGUGUGCCCUGUUCCAUGAAAAACUGUACAAAGGUGUACUGUAGUGUCAUUUAGUGAAGUCAAUUCACCUUUGAUCAUCGCCUGACUCUAGUAUGUAUAUGUACUGUAUAUAAUAUCACACAGAUUUCUUUCAAACAGUGGCUAAGCUGCAGACCUUAUAAUCUUGGCUUCAUGACUUCAAAGGAAAGGUGCACUUCUUUUGCCCAUCAUCCACAACUCUUGUGUGAGACAUGAACACAAGUCUUCAUUCUUUCUGUGAAAAAAAAUGGGACGUGCCUAUACUAAGAGCUCAAAAAAACUCCAGCAAGGUUUUCUAUCCAUGCUGUGAGCAUGUAGUAACAGGUACAUUAAUGAUAACAUGUCAUACUUGUAGUAUUUUAGUAUAACUUCCUUCCUGGGUGCAUUGAUUUUACAUAGAAACAUAGAAAGGAACGCUACACCUAGCCUCGAAAACAAAAACACGUUACUUUUGGCUAGUCGCCUGAGGUGUCACUACGCCAGUAACGUAGUUCUUGGGCAUAAAAAUGUUCAUAAUAAUAAUAACAAUGUGCUUCAUAUGCAGCCGGCACAGAGCGGAUGCAUUUUUGUGUCCUAUUACGUGCAUUUCUUAGUUGUCGCUUUUUUAUCUGUUUGUAUAUCUUUAGAAGGCACAGAAAAGGGAAAUAUGUGUGUUCAUAUUUCACAUAAGGAUUGUGGAUUAUGUGCAACAUCCCAAAAGUGUACACUUUUCCUUGUCAGGCAAAAGUAUAAAUUUUUACUUCCUACAGUAGACGGCUAGAUCCACACGGAAAAGCAGCAAAGUAUUUCAAGGUUUCAGCCCGUCACCCACACUGAAACGGCAUUCUGGGUAUUUUGGGGGAAAUGCCUGCCAGAAUGGUAAAAUCUGAAAAUGCCAGCUUGUCGUUUCUGUGUAUUGACUAAUCCGACACAGUCUGGACACCAAUUGUUUUCAACCUGCACCAUAUCCGUGUGGUCAGGGGCCACUAAAGACGCCACAAAACGCUGAUGUCUGAAGGGGAGGCCACACUUUGUAUAGCUCGUAGUCGCCUGUGUCACACCGUAGCUAAUCAAUCAUAGAUUUCACAGCGGUCACAUACUAACCACGUCACACUUGAUUGGCUCAAGUGCAGUGGCAGCAAGAAAGCUUUUUUUUCAUUUUUAGUUAAAGUGCCUUAAUAUUUUUUGCAGUAAUGAAAUGUUUCAAACGAAACAGCUCCAUUUUUAAGACGACCUAUUUAUUUCUUUGAAAUGUUUUAGCCGCUUCACUUUGCUCUUCUUUUUAGAGUCUUUAUUAUUAUUAUUAUGAUUAUUAUUAUGAUUAUUGAGUCUUCUCCAUUUUCACGGCACACUUGAGAUGAAAUGAAGAUGAAAGACGCUGUGCAUGGAGUAUUGUGUUGCUGUUGUUGUGCUGUCCAAGGUAGGUUGGACUCAUUGCUUUACCGUUAUGGCUACGUACUGUAUCACCGUGUACAUCUGCGUUGUAUAGAUGUGCUAUGUUUUGUGUGCGUAGUCGGCAACAUUUAGCUGCGCUAACAGGUAAGAGAGAAUAAA